AUGGUUGAGUCAACUACCACCGCAAAUGCGCCCAGAAUUUCCAAAUUCGAUAAAAGAUUAAAUGUAUUGGGGAAGGGAAUAUCAGGAAGCGUUGAGUUGUACUUGUCUAAAGGCGGUGUCAGAUACGCAGUGAAGAUAUAUCACUCACGAGAAAAGUACGAGACAAAGAAGGAAUACCAGGAAAGAAUACUUCAUGAGUAUCGAAUACUCCUGGAUUUGAAUCAUUGCAAUAUCAUUACCGUUUACAAGUAUGACAUUCUGCUUUUAAAUUCUACUGUAAAGUUGUACAUGAUGGCAGGCACUUCUCAUCUACUCAAACUACUUGACACAGUCAAAUUAGAUGAAACAGAGAUCUUUUGUUAUUGGAAACAGUUAUGUCUGGCAAUACUAUACCUACAUAAUAAAGGUAUCAGCCAUCGUGACUUGAAGUUGGAGAAUAUUGUAUUCGACGAGGAAUAUAAAUUGUUGAAAAUUAUUGAUUUUGCAACAGCCAAUGCAACACCCGGCCCUUCUGUUGGUCUAGUCGGGUCGGAAAAGUACGCUGCACCAGAGACGUACUCAAGCAUAAAGUAUGAUGGGAAAGCAGUGGACAUUUGGUCAAUGGGGAUUAUAUUAUACUACUUGAUGCACAAAAGGUUUCCCUGGAAACAAGCUCAUUGGGAUGAUUUGGAGUAUGCCAAUUACUCCAAAUCAGCAACACCACAGAAUCUAUUGCAUUUCAAUGAGGGGUCAGCAAUUACGAGUCAAAUACUAGAGCCAAGCGUGGAGAAAAGAGUCAUAAUUUCUCAACUAUGGAAAGAUCCUUGGUUUGAAAAGCUACUGUUUUGCUCCGCGACUAACCAUUGUAGAGCAGACCAUAAUAUACAACCUUAA